AUGGAGUAUUUGACUCGAAUUAUGAAAAAAGUGGGAUGCAAAGAUGAUUUUGCAUUUCAUGAGAGAUUUGAUGCAUCAAAACUCAAUCACCUUAGUUUCACAGAUGAUGUUUUGCUCUUUUGUAGAGGUGACAAUAAAAGCAUCAUUCUUUUGCUCCAAGGUUUGAAGCUUUUCUCAGCCACCUCAGGUUUACAACCUAACAAAACCAAAUCUGCAAUCUACUGCAGCAACAUGGCAGAACAAGAAGUUUUUAGAGUGCUGGAAGCAUUGGGUUUCACAAGGCAGCAGGCUCCUUUGAGAUAUCUUGGUGUUCCCAUCUGCAUUAAGAAAAUCUCAAAGCAGGAAUGCAAUAUUUUGACAGCAAAAAUUCAAUCUUGGAGCACCAGAAAUAUUUCUUUUGCUGGAAGAGCUGUGCUCAUCAACUCGGGCCUUUCUUUGGAAAGGGAAAUAUAUGAUGCAUGGGCUAGUUUAUUGGCUUGGGAAAGUGUCUGUCAAUUAAGAUCAGAAGGUGGUUUAGGCAUUAAAAAAAUUAUUGAAUGGAAUUCAGCAGCACUUUUCAAAUAUGUAUGGGCUCUAGCAAAUAAAGAGGACAACCUUUGGGUCAAGUGGAUACACAAUGUGUAUCUCAAAGAGGAAGAUUGGUGGGAAUACCAAGCACCUAGCCAUGAAAGUUGGUUGAGUCAAAUGAGCAUCUUUUUUUUCAGAUGCCCUUAUUCACAGUUCUGUGUGCAGAAGAUAAAAGAAUGGCUCUCAUGGAGAGCUCGGACCACUGACUUGUCUCAACUGCUUAAGUGGAUCCACAAAGCCAAAGUCAGCAGGUUUAAAAGAGAGUGA